AUGGAUGAACACAGUUCCUCUUCCCCUAAUCCUACGUUCGGGAUCUUCUCAGGAAAUCCCACGAAUUGGGAUUUAAUGGAUGAGAUCUUGUAUCAAGGAUGGGCCGAGAACGAUGGAGAGUUCAGCUUUCUGCAGCAAGGUCCCUCCAUCUCUAAUGUUCUAUAUGACCACCCUUCACUAUAUAUGCCUUUUAUGGGGUCUAAUAACUUGAGUAUAGCCUCAAACCAGCAGGAUUAUCAAGAAGAAACAGAAAGGCAUUGCCAUGGAAAUCCACCUCUAGAUUAUCCUAAAAGCAUGGAACUUGUUCAGACUGAACCUCAGGUUGAGGAUUCUGUGGACACUUCCACAUCUUUACUGCACACUACAAGUUAUCGAGUAGAAGCCGCUGGAUUGGGUGUCGAAUGGCAGAUGGUGCCGAGGGUAAAUCCAGUGACUUCAUUUUCUGUGAAGGAGAGAGCAAUGCAAGCCAUUAGAUACUUAAAAAAUUGUAUCCAUUUUAAAGAUAGUCUUAUCCAGAUUUGGCUACCUGUGGAGAAAGAAGGGAAAAAAGUCCUUGCUACUAUUGAUCAGCCAUAUUUCGUCAAUCCGAGUUGUAAGAGUCUUGCAAGUUAUAGAAAUGUUUCAGUUGCCUAUCACUUCCAAGUAGAAGGGGAUGCGAAAUUUUCUGUAGGGUUCCCCGGUCGGGUUUUCUUGGAGAAGCUGCCUGAGUGGACUCCUGAUGUACGUCUAUUCAGAAGUGAAGAAUAUCCGCGUAGAGAUCAUGCAGUACAACAUAACAUUAGAGGGUCUCUUGCACUCCCUCUUUUCAAACAAGGAAGUGAGACUUGCCUGGGCAUAGUUGAGAUUUUAACUACUACUGAGAAGAUAACCUAUCGUCCAGAACUAGAAGACAUCCGCAAAGCUCUCAAGGCUGUUGAUCUAAGAAGUUCUGAAGACUUCUGCUCACCUGGUGUGAAGACUUGCAAUGGAUUAAAUCAAGUUGCAGUGCCUGAGUUAUCAGAGAUUGUGAAAUCUGUUUGCAAGACAUAUGGAUUACCCUUAGCUCUAACAUGGGCUCUAUGUAGCCGGCAAGGUAAAGGUGGACGCCAGCAGUUUGCUGAGAAGUCUGGCGCUUGUAUAUCUACCGUGGAUUCUGCUUGCUUUUUGGCCGAUAGAGAUUUUUCAGGUUUUCACAUGGCAAGUUUUGAGCAAUACAUUUUCCUAGGCCAAGGGAUUGUGGGGAGGGCAUUCACAACACAAAAACAAUGUUUCGCGAAUGAUAUAACUUCCUUCAGCAAGAAAGAUUAUCCUCUGGCUCACCAUGCCAAGAUAUUUGGUCUUCAUGCUGCCAUAGCGAUUCCCCUGCGAAGCAUUGCUACCGGAUUAGUUGAAUUUGUCUUGGAGUUAUUCUUGCCAAUAGAUUGCAAAAACAAUGAAGAACAAAAGAAGAUGUGGGAUUUAUUGCCUAUUGCCAUACAGCAGGUUUGCUGGAGUUUACAGGUUGUCAUGGACAAGGGGCUUGAUAAUGGAGAAAAUCAGAGUUUUGAAUCAUCACCUUCGAAACAACCUCCAUUGGAUGAAUCAUCUUGGAUUUCCCGUAUGGUGGAGGCCCAAAAGAAGAGUAAAAGUUUCUGUGUCACAUGGGGCUAUCCAAAAGAGCCUAAAGAAGAGUUCAAGAUGAUAACUCAUUGGGAUGAAUCUGCGGUGGAAUUAGACCAUAAGCAAGUAAUUUCGGAGUUGGGUCAACUUCAGCAAAAUUCUAGAACCAAUAGCAAUACCGAGGGUGAUGGAGUUUCUUCUGCUUUUGGCAGACAUCUCUCAUUUGGCAGCAGAAAAACAGGUAAGAAGAGACGGACCAAGACAGAUAUCCAGACAAUCAGCUUGGAAGUUCUUCGACAAUACUUUGCAGGGAGCCUCAAAGACGCUGCUCAAAGCCUCAGCGUUUGCCCUACUACUCUCAAAAGAAUAUGCAGACAACACGGUAUCACGCGAUGGCCUUCUCGAAAGAUCAAGAAGGUUGACCAUUCCUUGCGAAAACUCCAGCAGGUGAUUGACACAGUCCAAGGUGCUAAGGGUGCCAUUCAGAUUGAAUCUUUCUACUCAGCCUUCCCAGAACUGAGCUCUACAAAACUUUCAAGUCAUGCUCCUUCUUCAUCAUUCAGGAGGAGUGACAGUUCAAAGCACUUUGAUUCUCCACCUGAUGAUACUAUCUUUUCUGGCACUACCUCAAAAUCCCAUUCCUCUCCGUGUAGUAGGAGCUCUUGUUCAAGUAACUGUUGUUCUGCUCGAGCACAACAGCAUGUCGCCACCGUUAUAACUGGCUCAAGCAAUGGAAAUGGCGGUUUACCAGCAGAAACCUCGAAUGGGGUUUUAAAGAGGACUAGCAGUAGUGAAUUAGCAGAAUUUUAUUCCUUGAAUAACGAAGGAGAACCAGACUUUCUCUCACGAUCAUAUAUCCACAAAACAAGGACAAUCAAUGAGCAGAUUCAUCAAAGUCUGCUAGAAACUCAACCACAGUUUGGCCAGAGUAGACGAGGAGGAGAUGUCUUCAGAGUUAAAGCCAUUUAUGGAGUAGAAAAGGUUAGGUUAUUCUUGCAACCAAACUGGGGUUUAAGUGACUUGCAACAAGAGAUUGGUAAACGUUUCAAGAUAGAUGAUUUCACUGGCAUUGGCCUCAAGUAUAUGGAUGAUGAUGGGGAAUGGAUUCGUUUGACCCGUGAUGAUGAUCUCGAGGAGUGCAAAGAGACACACAAAUUCUGUCAAAGCAACACAAUCAAGCUAUCCCUUUACAAAUAUUCUACUGCAUUUGGUUGCCGAGGUUCAUGUUAAGGCUUCCAUUGAUCGUGUCAUUAGUCUCUAGGACAUAGAUGUCUGGUUUCGAGCCACGACCUAGUUUUUGGUACUAUUUCUUGUUUUUAACUAUUUCUUAUUUCUAAUUUAAAAAAAUUGGUUAUAAACAAAAGCAC